AUGGGAUUAAAGCAGGAAAACAAUUACUCACAGGCCUAUCAGACGGAUCUGGAAGUCAUCUUAGAGUUCCUGGAAGAGCACUGCAGACAAGAGGCUAGAAAAAAGGACCUAUGGGACAGCUCUGAUUUCCAUCUGAGCCAGCAAAUUAUGGGAGAUGAUUGCAGCGAUACAACACAUAACCUGGAUUCUCUACAACUUCUUUCUUUGACCAAAAAUCAACAGGAUGCAGGUCUGCAACUUAAGGGAAACGGAUUUGAUUCAGUUGUGGAGUUUGGAGUAAGGGACUCUGUAAUCCAAACUGUUUCCAGUGAGCAGGCUUUAAAACCCUUUUUUGGUACAGAGACUCCACAAAGCCCUGUGGAGAGAGCAGGUUCGUCACAGAUCUCUGCACCUGCAGGCAGAGGGAAAAAACUCCGCCUGUUCCACUUUCUGUUCGAGGUGCUGGAGGACCCAGGCAUGGCGCAUUGUGUGUCCUGGGUUCCUGCAACUGCAGGUGUUUUCCGCUUCUCCUCAACAAACAAGGAGCGUGUGGCUCAACUCUGGGGCCAACGGAAGGGCAACAGAAGGCCCAUGACCUACCAGAAGAUGUCCCGUGCCCUGAGAAACUAUACCCGCUCAGGUGAAAUUAUUAAAGUUAGGAAAAAACUGACCUACCAGUUCAGCAGAGCCACCUUGACCAGAUUGAGGAGUCAGCAAGGAAUGAAAAAUGCCUCACGCUGA